AUGGAUACCAAACCAAUUAAUCAACUGAAUGCUAAAUUAUUUGAAUAUGAAAGAGCGUUAGAUGCUACUCGUUGGAGUAUUAUAAGACAAGGUGCAAUAUUUGGAGUUUUUACCGGCUGGCUAUGUAUGAUAUCCUAUCUAGCUUAUUCAGUUGGUUUUAUCUUUGGUUCUCUUUUCAUGUCACAUAAACCUCAUCAUAGUUUGAGUAUUAGCGAUAUUCUUGUCGGAAACGACACAAGUGUUAAUGAACCAGAUGUAUGGAAAGAUGAUACAGAAUCGAGUUCUAAUAUCAAUGGUGAUGUUGAAUUUGACAAUGUUGACUUUAUUUAUCCAUCUCGAAAAGAAGCGCCAGUUCUGCAUAAUCUAUCUCUUGUUGCUCGUGUUGGUCGGACAACUGCUCUUGUAGGUUCAAGUGGCUGUGGAAAAAGUACAUGUAUGUCGUUAUUUCUUCGUUACUAUGAACCUUCAUCAGGUAGAAUAACGAUUGAUGGUCGACCAAUAACAGACUACAAUGUCAAACAACUUCGAGAAAACAUUGGAAUUGUUAGUCAAGAACCUAUUUUGUUUAAUAUGAAUAUUUAUGAAAAUAUUCGUUUUGGUAAAGUAAAUGCAUCAAGAGAAGAAAUUGAACAAGCAGCACGAGAAGCAAAUGCACAUCAUUUCAUCAUGCAGUUACCAGAUAAAUAUGAAACAGUUGUUGGUGAAUGUGGUGUACAAUUGAGUGGUGGUGAAAAACAACGUAUUGCAUUAGCUCGCGCCCUUGUCAAAAAGCCUACAUUUCUUUUACUGGAUGAAGCAACAAAUGCACUUGAUAAUGUGAGCGAGAAAAUUGUUCAAGAAGCAGUCGAUCGAGCAUGCAAUGGCCGUACAACUAUUGUCAUUGCUCAUCGUUUGGCUACAAUUAAGAAUGCUCACCAAAUAUAUGUAUUAGAUAAAGGAAGUGUAAUUGAACAAGGCACACAUGAAACAUUGAUAUCUAAAGAAGGCGGCAAAUAUCAAGCAAUGCAAAUUACAAAACCAUUUAGACAAAGAUUUGUCUUUUUAAGACUUUUGUCAAUGAAUAGUCCUGAAUGGAUAACAAUCUCAAUUGGUUGUAUAGCAUGUGUACUUAAUGGAGCAGCUCAACCAUUGUUUGCAUUUUUACUUGUCAAAAUAAUUGAGGCAUUUAAAUAUUGUUCAAACUCUGAACGACGCCAUCAUGUUUUAAUUGCUAGUCUUCUAUUUUUACUUUUGGGUGGUGUUGUAUUUAUUUUUCGUUUCUUUCAGUAUACAGCAUUUGCCAUAUCAGGAUCAAAAUUAACACAACGUAUUCGUUCGAAAGCUUUUGCAUGUCUUCUUCGUCAAGAAGUGGCUUAUUUCGAUCGACCUGAAAAUAGUUCUGGUGCGAUUUGUACUCGUCUUUCUUCUGAUGCAUCAGCUAUUCAAGAGAUGACUGAUGGAUUCGCUUUGGCAUUCUUAUAUUGGCGUGGUCUCAUUCUUGUUGAAAACAAUGAACUGACAUCGAAUCAUAUUAUAACGGCCUUUGCUAUUGCUACUUUUACAAUACAAACACUCAAAGUUCUCGGACUGAUAUCUAAUAAUAUCGCUACAUCGGUCUCAGCUGCUCAAGCCUUUUUUGAUUUAUUUGAUCGAGAACCAGCUAUUGACAAUACAUCUACUGAAGGACAAAAAAUAGUUAAUUUUUGUGGAGAGAUAAUAUUUGAUCAAGUCAAAUUUAUCUAUCCAAGUCGGCCAACAAGUUUUGUUCUUAAUAAACUUCAAUUGAAAAUCAAACCAAGUCAACAUGUGGCUCUUGUUGGUAAAUCUGGAUGUGGAAAAUCAACAAUCAUUCAACUAUUGGAACGAUUCUAUGAUGUUACAAGUGGUGGAAUAUUUCUUGAUGGCAUUGAUAUUCGAAAACUAAAUCCUCAAUGGGUUCGUUCUCAGUUUGGUCUUGUUAGUCAAGAACCAAUUUUGUUCGAUUUAACAAUUGCUGAAAAUAUAGCAUAUGGUUUAGAAAAUGUUCCAACAGAAGACAUUAUCAACGCAGCAAUUAGAGCUAAUGUUCAUCAAUUUAUUGAGCAAUUACCUCAGGGUUAUGAAACAAAAGUAGGGUUCAAAGGUAGCUUUCUGUCAGGUGGUGAAAAGCAACGUAUUGCUAUCGCUCGAAUUCUCCUUCGUCGACCUAAAGUCUUACUCUUAGACGAAGCUACAAGUGCCAUGGAUUCACACAAUGAACAAGUUGUACAAGAAGCUCUUGAACAAGCUCAAAGGGAAGAUCCUAAUCGAACGUCACUCAUAAUUGCUCAUCGUCUUUCAACUAUUCGCACAUGUGAUUUGAUUUGUGUACUUGAUAGAGGACAUAUAGUGGAAAGUGGCAAUCAUGUAGACUUGACACAACAACGUGGAGCUUAUUAUAAAAUGCUUGCUCGAGACAAAUUACAAUGA